AGGCCCUGAGCAGGGCGAGCUGAUUGCGUCGUACGUGGGACGGAGGGGGCAGCUGGGUAACGCAGGCUCAUUGAUUCGUGGCGCGAGCUGGACGGGUUGGAACGCGAGUACCAGCGAAGGUUUGCCAAUAACCACCAAAGUCGAUUUGUGGCUCGCAUAGCUUUGGAAAACCGCCCCCGCAGGACGUCUUGCUCGGCCAGCUUGCAGAGGUGCACCCAGCAUCCCCUGCUUUUGCAAUCGCAGUUCUGAUGUCUGGAGGCAUGGAGAAGACAUUUAAAGAGAGGAGGUCGAUGGAGCAGCGUGUGCACGAUGUCAGGCAUAUUCGUGAGCUGCACCCCAACAAGGUGCCAGUCAUCAUCGAACGCUUCUCGGGCGAGAAGUCCCUGCCACAAAUCGACAAGACCAAGUUCCUGGUUCCGGAUCAUGUGACAAUGGGCGAACUCAUCAGAAUCAUCCGGCGCCGACUGAGCCUGCACCCGAACCAGGCGUUCUUCCUGCUGGUGAACCAGCGAGCCAUGCCGCUCGUCUCGGCCACGAUCGCCGACGUCUACAGCCAGGAGCGCGACGACGACGGGUUCCUCUACAUGGUGUACGCCUCGCAGGAGGUGUUCGGCUAGGCGGGCGGUGGCGCUGGCUGUGGCUCUCCGACCAGCUGGGGACGCCGGGCGGAGCCAGAGCCGCAGCCCGGGUGGAAGUGAGCCGCUCGCGCCAGCUGUUGGGGUGGUCCCGACGCUGUGUUCACAUUAUGAAUCCCUUUUGCGUGUGUGGGCGGCGUGAGUGGCCGGCUGGUAAAUGUGUAUUCCAUGCGUUUCUGUCGGCCAAAGCGCUCAUGAAGACCGCCGUAAGGUCUUGUGCUGGUCGAGGCGUGUAACGACACGGACGACAUUGUGGAUAUCGGCUAGGGCGAAGGCCGAAAGGACGUGCUUCGAUUAAAACUGGCAUGGCUUGCGUCGAGACAGACCCGAGAGCCGUUAAGUGCCGACGUCGCCGCACCUGCUGGUCUGGGCGGCGAGGGGGAGCGGUUGCACGCGGCUGCCCCCUCCCAGCUCUGCUCCGAUAGGGAGACGAUGUUAGCCGUUGUAGUCAGCCUGACUCAGCAGGGGUCCUCUGAGAGCGGCAGCGUGCGCUUCGACACCAUGACGGCUCGAAAAAUUUCCGUCUAGGUCAUUGAGACAGCGAAGCAUUUGACCCCGUGUCUAGCCCCGUCUAAAUUCUUUGUCUUAUCAGCACUACCGAGUAGGUUGCACAUAACAGGUUUUCGCUGUCACUUACGAUAAGCCUGGCUCGUUUAUUGUAAGUGGUGAAUGUUUAUGGUUGUGUUUAAGUCCGAGGCAUUGGGAUAUGUGAUGGCAAUCGUGGUGCCCGCGCUACGGCGGUGAAGCUUUAUGUAGGCCGUGCGUUUUUAAUUGCUU